AUGGCCCCUCCGUCGGGAAAUCACCAUCGACGGCGGAGCUCCGUGCUGACGGGCGCUGGACCGUCACAACCGCCCGCGACCGACCAAAGGGAUGAGCAUUCCCGGACCCCCACCGCCGAUAGCGCUGGUUAUAAUAAACGGGAGGACCUAAAGCCUGGAGGUGCCGAGGACCUCGAUGCUUCCGACCUUUCGUCCAUUGCAGAGAGCGUCGAGAUGGACUUCAUGAGCUCUGACGAUGACCUUCACGAUGACGAGGAGACCGGUCUCACGGCCAAGCAGAAGCGCCAACGCCGUCGGAGAAGAAAGCAACGCCGACAAUUGGAUGCUCGCAUCGCCGAUGUCAAAGCCUCCCAGUAUAACUUUUUGAAGCCGUUGAUUGGGGACAACGAGGUGACCCAGAAGCUGUUGGUCAACGCUGGCUUGAUUCUGCUGUGGUAUUUCUUUUCGCUGGCGAUCUCAAUUUACAAUAAAUGGAUGUUUUCCGAAGAUGAAGUCGUGUUUCCCUUCCCGUUGUUCACCACCAGCUUGCACAUGCUCGUCCAGUUUACGCUCUCCUCUAUACUUCUCUACCUGAUUCCUUCGCUGCGUCCGCAAGCCGCCGCUCCGCAGACGCCGUCCGGCUCCCCCGUCAGUCAGCCUGAUGAAGCAGAGUCCAAACCUCCGCUGUUUACCAAGCUCUUCUACCUCACACGCCUGGUUCCCUGCGGCACGGCGACCUCUCUUGAUAUCGGAUUGGGCAACAUGUCGUUGAAGUUCAUCUCCUUGACCUUUCUCACCAUGUGUAAAUCUUCCGCCCUAGCCUUUGUGCUUAUCUUCGCCUUCCUUUUCCGCCUCGAGACUCCAUCCGUGAAAUUGAUCAUUAUCAUCGCGACGAUGACCCUAGGUGUGGUGAUGAUGGUUGCUGGCGAGACAGCAUUCAACAUGGUUGGCUUCCUGCUGGUCAUUGCUUCAGCCUUCUUCUCGGGUUUCCGAUGGGGCCUCACCCAGAUUCUUCUCUUGCGCCACCCGGCCACCGCCAACCCCUUCUCGACACUCUUUUUCUUGACUCCCAUCAUGUUUAUCUCGCUGAUCCUCAUCGCUCUAACCGUGGAGGGUCCGACCAAUAUUGUGACGGGCUUCGUGGCUCUCGCCGAUGUCCACGGACCCUUGGUGGGCAUGCUGCUUCUGAUUUUCCCCGGAAUGCUGGCGUUUUGCAUGAUUGCUUCGGAAUUUGCCCUUCUGAAGCGCUCAUCCGUGGUCACCUUGAGCAUCUGCGGUAUCUUCAAGGAAGUGAUCACGAUCAGUGCGGCGGGUGUAGUCUUCCACGACAAGCUCACCCUCAUCAACAUUUCGGGCCUGGUGAUCACGAUCCUCAGCAUCGGCUCCUACAAUUACAUGAAGAUCUCUAAGAUGCGAGCCGAAGCGCGAAGCCCUUCGUGGGAACGUAGCCCGGACUCCGACCCCGAGACGGAACAUCUGGUUCCUUCGAGAGACCAUGGGUACCACGAGGUCGCCGACCAGGAAACCAGCAUGCUUCAAUCUUCACCGUCUCUGCAUGUCGAUGAUAACGUGAACAUCACCCCUACAGAUGAUCUAACGAGCGAUCGGCGGUCCUUCCGGGUCCGAGCCAGCGGCUCCAACAAUAUGCACGGACUCAGCAUUAACACGACGAAUCUUAGUGCCGGUGAUCGGCCGUUCUCUCCCCGAGUGUCUGGUCCAUCGCCCCUGCGCUCUGCACCCCCUGUGAUUUUCUCCGCAGAAUCCGAACUUCCGGGGCGACACCUGCAGGCUUCUCCGGAUAGACUCUCUGAUAGCGGAAGGCAUUAG